AUGCACAAAGAAUAUUUCACCGCCAACGAUGGAUGCAAAAUCGCCUUCCAGUCUUCCUUACCACUGAAGGAAGUUGCAGGAGUUGCACCCGAGAAAUGUGUCCUGCUCAUGCACGGCUUCAGUGGCUCUAGCGAUUACUUCAUCCGCAACUUUACGUCCCUGAGCAAAUCACUCUGGGUUGUUGCCCCAGACAUGCGAGGACAUGGGGACUCCAGCCAAACUCGUGGUGGUUAUCAUGUCGCGCGGUUGGCCGCUGAUCUUUCAGGCCUUGUUGCUCAUAUUCACAAGGCAGCAUCUGUCAGUAUUGUGCCUGUUGGAUGUUCGAUUGGCGCCGCUGUACUCUGGACUUACGUGGAACUCUUUGGUUGCAAUGACUUUGCGGGGUUUGUAUUUGUUGAUCAGGCACCUCUGCAAGACCGUUCAGUGUUUGAUGGAUGGGACGAGAGCAAGGCGCAUACCGGAUGUUACGACGAGAAGACCAUGCUUGCCGCACAAUACAGCUGGAUCAAUAACUCUCAGAAGGCGCAUCUCGACCUUGCAAUAGGCUGCUUAGGAUAUCGAUAUGCCCCAAAGGAGGAGGAGGGGAUUUCGGCUGAGCAACAAGCCAAAGAUGAAGCCUUCUUUACGAACAUCAGUGCGAAAUGCGAUCAAACAUGGCUAGCACGACUACUGGCAGACCAUACUCGCUACGACCACCGGGAAGCCAUUGAAACAAUCACGGUUCCGGUGUUGGUUAUGGCCGGUCGACGAUCAAGCUGCUUUCCACUCGAAGGAAUGCUCGAGAGCGUGAGACGCGUAGAGAAGUCAAGGCCAGGACUAGCAAGGUCAUCGGUGUUUGAUUCUGGACAUUGGCUAUUUUACGAGGAAUCAGAGAGAUUCAACAAAGAGAUUGCGGAAUUUGUUAACUCGUGCCUGGUAGAUGUCGAUCGGGCCAACAGCCAGCCGUUUGGUCGGAGUCCAGAAUUGAAAUGA